AUGGCUACAAGUCAAUGUUAUUCUUGCAUUAGUAGACGGCUAAAGCCUAGCCCAUUGAGAGCUGCUUUUAUGGGUAUUCUAGGAAAUCGUUUAAGCACCACUGGCUUGAAGAGCAAUCAACAAUUGCAACCCAAAGUCAAGGGGAAAUCAUCUUUACAGCAAAAUUGGCGAUUGGUAAGUGCGAUCUGUGUUGAGCGUUUACCUGUAAUUUCCUCAUCAACAAACUCACUGGAGACUCGAGUUCAAGAAUUAUUUAAUACUAUCGAAGAAGAAAAAAGUGUAAUUUCCGACUACGAAAUUGAUUUAAAGAACCGUAAGGCAGCUUCUUUAGAUAGGCUAAAGGCGCUUGAUUCUGGAAUGAAAUCCAAAGAGUUACAAGAAUUGGCUAGAGAAGAAAUUGAAUCAGAGUUACAAGAGUUAGAAGAAGAAGCGAAAUCGUUUCAAGCUGCUAGUCGGACAACUCAGGCUGAUGAAGAGGAUGAUAGGAAAAGCCUAGAUCGUAAAUUAGCCGAGAGUCUUUAUUUAUUAGUUAAGAAAUCACGCCAUCAACAUGCAUGGCAAAUGCCGCAAGGGCAACAUGAAGGAGAGGAGUCACUACGACAGACUGCGGAACGUGAAUUAAAAGAAGAAUGUGGCGAACAGUUAACAGUAAAAUUUCUGAGUAACGCACCGUCUGCACUCUACACUUAUAAAUUUCAUAAAGACUAUCAAAGCGAUCACGUUGGUGCUAAGGUAUUCUUUUAUAAGACUUUUUAUAACGAAGGACAAAUUGUACUAAAUACCGAAGAACUUGAAGAUUAUGCAUGGGUUACUGGUCAAGAGAUGCAGGAUUACGUUACGCCUGAAUACUACCGAUUUCUAUCUAAAUUUUUGUAUCUACCUAGGAGAGAAAACGACACGGAAUUAAUUGAUUAA